GAGGCGGUUCUUCGUGUCCUCCAGUCAUCCUCUCAACUCUUCAGCUCAGUUAGUUUUCGGCGUUUGAAAGGAGUCAGACUGCAGCCCGCGUCUGGAAGUCUUUUUUUUUUUGACAAAUACGAGAAGAGAACCGACUACACGAAAAGGAGGACCUUAAACGUCUGGCUUUUUAUAUUUAUGUUGGUCUCGCUGCAGGAUAUUCACCCUUUAAUUAACCGCCUCGGAUGAAUAUUACUCCCGUGUGCUGAAAUCUUCUGCCACUAACGGUCCACGGCUUACCUGGCACAGGUUCGCCGCAUUUGACCGCUUUUGUGCCGAGCUAGCUGAACCCGGCUGACCUUGCAUCACAGAAUACCUUUGUUAUUUUAAAAGUUUUCAUUUUGAAAAAUGUGAUUCCAUGUCUCUUUUUUUAUUUUUAUUUUUUCCUGGGAGGAAGCCAAGCCCCUUCAUUGGCAUCUGACACAGCUGGGUCGUGUCAAGAAGAUUGAGGAUUAACCGGGUUUUUUUCUCCCUCUCCUUAUUAAAGAAACCCCCUUUCUCGGCUUUGUUCUAACCCAAAUAAAGGUCGAAUAAGCAACAUGAGCGGAGAGUAGAUAAACGCAUAUUUCACUCAUAUUUCCCUCCACGUAUCAGCUCAAAUAAAGGGCACCAAAAAGGAUUAUGGAAAACGAGGUUUUCACCCCGCUGCUGGAGCAGUUCAUGCUAACGCCUCUGGUCUGCUGGGUAAAGAGUGUUGGGCACUCGACAGUGACCGAUGGCAGUAAAUUGUCGGAAUACAUCGAGUUGGUGGAUGGGAUUUACCUGAACGAGAUCAUGUUUGAGAUAAAUCCAAAAGCUACAGUGCAGAGGACCAACAAGAAAGUAAACAAUGACCCCACACUGCGCAUUCAGAACCUUUCUAUUAUCAUCAGGCAGAUUAAAGCUUACUAUCAGGAGAGUCUCCAGCAGUUGGUGAUGAUGCCUUUGCCAAACGUCCUGGUUCUGGGCCGGAACCCACUUUCUGAACAAGGCCUGGAGGAGAUGAGAAAAAUGUUGCUGCUGCUUUUAGGAUGUGCUGUUCAGUGCGAGAAGAAAGAAGAAUACAUCGAACGUAUCCAGACUCUGGAUUUUGACACCAAAGCCGCAAUAGCGUCUCACAUUCAAGAGGUCACCCAUAACCAGGAGAAUGUGGUGGACCUGCAGUGGUUGGAGAGUGGAGAAAUGCCCCCUGAGGAUUUGGACAGCCUGUCGAGAAAUCUGGCUUUCCACCUCAAACGUCUGGUGGAUGAAAGGGACACACAGCUGGAGACGAUCGUGGAGCUCACCCAGGAGAGAGACUGUGUGCAGCUCUCUCCCCUGGCUCCCAUCGCCACCCAGUCUCCUGGUGACUCUCCCAGCAUGAGGAGGACUGAGAGUCGACAGCACCUCUCGGUGGAGUUGGCCGAUGCCAAGGCCAAAAUCAGACGCCUUCGACAGGAACUGGAGGAAAAAAGCGAGCAGCUUCUGGACACCAGGCAGGAGCUGGAGAACAUGGAGGUGGAGCUGAAGAGAAUCCAGCAGGAGAGCUACCAGCUGCUGUCCGACGCUCGCUCGGCUCGGGCCUACCGCGAUGAGCUGGACGCACUCCGAGAAAAAGCCAUACGUGUCGACAAACUGGAGAGCGAGCUCUGCCGGUACAAGGAGAGACUUCAUGACAUUGACUUCUACAAGGCCAGAGUCGAGGAGCUAAAGGAGGACAACCAGAUUUUGCUAGAAACAAAGACAAUGUUGGAGGAGCAGCUGGAUUCCACCAGGACGCGGUCCGACAAACUACACCUUCUGGAGAAAGAGAACCUCCAGCUCAAGUCCAAGAUGCACGAUCUGGAGAUGGAGCGGGACCUUGACCGGAAGCGAAUGGAGGAGCUGCUAGAGGAGAACCUCGUGUUGGAGAUGGCCCAGAAACAGAGCAUGGACGAGUCGCUGCACCUGGGCUGGGAGCUGGAGCAAUUAUCAAAGACACCAGAGCUGACUGAUGCUCCGCAGAAGUCUCUGGGCGAGGAGGUGAAUGAACUGACCUCCAGUCGCCUGUUAAAGCUGGAGAAAGAAAAUCAAGCUCUGCUGAAGAAGGUGGAGGAACUCAAAGGAACAGCCAGUCAGGACAACACAGCUAAACUGACCAAAGCCAACCAAGAAAACCAGAAGCUUACCCAGAAAUUGGAGCGACUGGAGAAUGAACUAAUGGUGGAUAGGGAGUCGCUCCGUAGUGCCGAGUCACUGAGUACGGACCUGAUGAAGGAAAAGGCUUUGUUGGAGAAGACUCUGGAGACACUCAGGGAAAACUCAGAGAGACAGAUGAAGGGCCUGGAGCAGGAGAACAAGCACCUGAGCCAAACCAUUUCCUCGCUGCGUCAACGCUGCCAGGUUGGAGCCGAGGCCCGCGUGAAAGACGUGGAGAAGGAGAACAGAGUUCUUCACGAGUCAAUCUGCGAGACCACGGGCAAACUGAACAAGCUGGAAUUUGAAAGGAAGCAGCUACGAAAGGAGCUUGAAUUGAUGAAGGAGAAAGGUGAGAGAGCAGAAGAGUUGGAGGUUCGGCUGCAGAAGCUGGAAAGAGAAAAUGAAAGCCUGCAGAAGAAAGUUGCCACUCUUGGAAUUACCUGUGAGAAGGUUUCUUCUUUGGAGAAGGAGAACUCUGAGUUGGAGGUGGAGGGCCGCCGUCUAAAGAAAAAACUGGACGGCCUGAAAAACAUGGCUUUCCAGUUGGAGGCGCUGGAAAAAGAGAACGGCCAGCUGGAACAGGAGAACCUGGAGCUCCGGCGCUCAACCGAGACGCUCCGGUCAGCGGGGGCAAAGGCCGCUCAGCUGGAAGCCGAGAACCGGGAGCUGGAAAGCGAGAGGACCCAGCUGAAGCGCAGCUUGGAACUGCAUAAAGCCUCGUCUAAGAAGACGGAAAGAUUAGAGGUGAGCUACCAAGGUCUGGACACAGAGAACCAGCGGCUUCAGAAGGCUUUGGAGAACAGCAGCAAGAAGAUCCAGCAGCUGGAGGCAGAAUUGCAAGAGGUGGAGACUGAGAAUCAAACCCUUCAGCGUAACCUGGAGGAACUGAAGAUCUCGAGUAAACGGCUGGAGCAGCUGGAGCAGGAGAACAAAACUCUGGAGCUGGAAAGCUCCCAGCUGGAGAAAGAUAAGAAGCUUCUGGAGAAGGAGAACAAGCGGCUGAGGCAGCAGGCCGAGAUCCGCGACUCCAAGCUGGAUGACGGCAAUCAGCGGAUCGCCGCCCUGGAGAAGGAGAACCGCACCAUGGGCAAGGAGAUGAUCUUCUUCAGGGACUCGUGUACGAGAGUCAAGGACCUGGAGAAAGAGAACAAGGAGCUGGUCAAACAGGGCAGUAUAGAUAAGAAGACCCUGAUGACACUAAGAGAGGAGCUUGUGAGUGAGAAACUGCGGACGCAGCAGAUGAAUAAUGACCUUGAGAAACUUACUCAUGAAUUGGAGAAAAUUGGACUGAACAAAGAGAGACUCCUGCAUGAUGAGAGCUCCGAUGACAGGUUUAAGCUGCUUGAAACCAAGCUGGAGUCAACUCUGAAAUCAUCUUUGGAGAUCAAGGAGGAGAAAAUCGCUGCUUUAGAGGCGCGAUUACAGGAAUCCUCCAACCUCAACCAGCAACUUCGGCAGGAGCUAAAAACGGUAAAGAAAAACUAUGAGGCGCUUCGCCAGAGAGAGGAGGAGGAAAGGAUGGUGCACAGCUCUCCCCCGAAAGGAGGGGAAAACUCCCAGACUGUCAGUAAAUGGGAAAAGGAGAGUCAUGAAGCCACCAGGGAGCUGCUGAAAGUCAAAGACAGACUAAUUGAAGUGGAGAGAAACAAUGCUACGCUGCAGGCUGAGAAAGUGGCUCUGAGAAGCCAACUCAAACAACUGGAAACUCAGAGCUCCAACCUGCAGGCGCAGAUUGUAGCGGUGCAGAGGCAGACCGCCUCCCUACAGGAGAACAACACCACUCUGCAGACACAGAAUGCCAAACUGCAGGUGGAGAACUCCACCCUGAGUUCUCAAAGUGCGGCCCUCAUGGCCCAGAAUGCCCAGCUGCAGAGCCAGCAGAGCAGCGUGGAGGGAGAACGGGAGGGAGCGCUGAGAGAGAAGGAGGAGCUGAGGGCGACCUACGAGCUGCUGCUCCGGGAUCACGAGAAGCUGGCGGCGCUCCACGAGCGGCAGGCGGCCGAGUAUGAAGCUCUGAUUGGGAAGCACGGCGGCCUGAAGACCUCCCACAAGAGCCUGGAGCAACAGCACAGAGACUUGGAGGACAAGUACAAGCAGCUCCUGCAGAGAAAGGGUGAGCUGGAGGAGUUGGAGAAAAACCUGAAGGAGCAACAGGACAAGAUGGCACAGGAGAAUCAGAGCCACCAAGCCACAGCUGACCAGUGCAAACUGCUCAAAGAGGAAAACGACAGGAUGAACACAGCCUAUCGCCAGCUGAUGAAGGACAACGAGAGUCUGCAGGUGGACCAUAAGAACAUCAAGAGCCAGCUGAACAGUGCAAAGCUGGAGCAGACCAAGCUAGAAGCCGAGUUCUCCAAACUCAAGGAGCAAUACCAGCAGCUGGACAUCACCUCCACUAAACUCACCAACCAGUGUGAGUUGUUGAGCCAGCUGAAAGGCAACUUGGAGGAGGAGAACCGUCACCUGUUGGACCAGAUCCAGACCUUGAUGCUGCAGAACCGCACACUUCUGGAGCAGACGAUGGAGAGCAAGGACCUGUUCCAUGUAGAGCAAAGACAAUACAUAGACAAGCUAAACGAGUUGAGAAGACAGAAGGAAAAACUCGAGGAGAAAAUAAUGGACCAGUACAAAUUCUUUGAUCCUUCGCCUCCACGCAGGCGUGGCAACUGGAUCACUCUGAAGAUGAAGAAGCUGAUCAAGCCAAGGAGCCGGGAGAGGAUGCGGUCUCUCACGCUGACCCCCUCUCGUUCGGAGCUGGGGGAAAGUGUUUUCACUUUUGUUCCGGACAGCCAGGACAGCUCCUCCAUCGGCUCUGGGUCCAACUCGCUGGACGACGCGCUCACACAAAAGAGGAGCAUGAGAAGGAGAGGGCAGCAUUCCCAUGCCCAAAGUCAGGGUUCGUCCAAUGCUCUAAAGAGGUUGCCUUUCAUGAGGAACAGAUCCAAGGACAAAGACAAAGACAAGGCCAUCUACCGACGCUCGAUGUCCAUGAACGACUUGCUGCAGACGAUGGCAGUGGCCGGUGUUUCAGGGUCACAGUGGGCGGGCAGCACGGAGAAUCUCGACGGACCUGAAGGAGGAGACGGCAGCAUGACGGGCAGCAGCAGGCGCAGCGGACAGCGCAUGAAGGAGCUGGCUCUGUCCACCAACGCCAUCGACUGCGCUGCACUAACGCUUCCGUCUGCGAGGCGGGCUAAGCUCCACCUUCAGGUCAAAGACAAUGCCUCCUGUGAGGAUGUUGCUGGUUCCUUAGAUGACCCUAAGAGUCAAGGCCGGCAGGGGUCUAGCGGUGCUCUUGCUUUGUGUCGUCCUGUUGAGCUGAAGGCUAUGUGCAGAGUGCCCUGUAGCAUCUGUACCUCCAGACCCUCCAGCCUUCAUAGCAACAAGACAAGUAGCAAUAGUAACAAUAACUCACACCUCACCUCUCCUCUGGAGGGCAAAGGCACGCUGAAUGGCAGUCUUAGCAGGCCUCAGAGUGAGAGCAGCGGGGAGUUCAGCUUGAGCCUGGACCAGGAGGUGUGGUCCAGUAGCGGCAGCAGCCCCGUCCAGCAGCCCACCUCCUUGCGCUCCUCCCACCAGAGCCCCCUGCAGCUGCGCAGGUCCCUGGAGCCGUCCGGCACCGCCGCCGUCUCCGCUCAGGCACAGAUCAGGAAGAUGGGCUCCCCCAGCGAGGUUCUGUCCCUGCAGCAGUUCCUAGAUGAGGGUAUUGAUCCUGCAGAGUCUGGCAGUCAGGAGAACCUCACGGUGGAUUCCCCUCGCCUCUCCACUUCUACUGAGCACGCUCAGAAAGAUCGCGCCUCCACCAAAGCGCGGGGCAUUUUACGCUCCAGCAGUGGGAGAGCGGCGCCGACCAGCGCCGAGCGGGCUCUGAGGUCCUCGGGACAGCCCGGCCGGCCAAGCCUGCGGAAAGCCGAGAGCACGCGCGUCAAAGGCUCCGCCCCUCUCCGCUCCAGCCUCUCCUCGCAGGGGAAAGCCACGUCCGUCUCCGAGCGCCUGGACUCCUCCUCCUCCUCCUCCUCCACACUGCCCCGGGCCAGCAGCGUCAUCUCGACAGCCGAAGGUACCACAAGGCGCACCAGCAUCCAUGACCUACUGUCCAAAGACCACCGGCAGCCCGUGUCUGUUGACGCCUCUCCUCACGCCCCCUCCCCAAAGGCUGGCGUACGCUCGCAGCCGACACCCAGUGAGUACCACCCCAACAUCGCCUCCCCCAUGCCCAAAUCAGUCAGCCUACCCUGCCACAGCUCAGAGGACCCCGACCUCGACAGCCUCGAGUCUUUCCUCGGCCCCUCCUUCACCGCAGAGUCAGUGUUCAUGGACUCCAUCUUUAGCGAGUCAGCAGAAAAUCUCCCCUUCCUGUCCCUGAACCCCACCCUAGUCAGCAACAUCAGCGGCCCCCCAGCCCAGCCUCGCCCUGGGCCGAACCAGAGCCCACACAGCCAGUCCAAUGGCCCGAUGAGGGCCAGCUCAUCCCGCCUGACGGCGUACGAUGAUGGUAUUGAUCCAAGUAGCGUCACUGAGACAGAGCAGACUCUGAGCCCAGAGGACAGCCAGUCUCUGUGGUACGAGUACGGCUGUGUUUGAGUCACCCGAAGGUUUCUCACCAGACGAUCAGAACUUCCUCUAGAGCUGGAGAACGAAAUCAUUGGAUGAACUCAUUUUCCUUUCCUGCAUGUCAAAGCACUAUUUUUAUUAUUAUUAUUUGGUGCAUUAAGGUGUCAUGGUGCUGAAUGCUUUACCUUUUCUUUUCUUUUCUUCUUAUUUGGUUGGGACUUUGAACCGUUAUCGUGUUUUCUCAUCAAAGUGAUUAAAAUGGUUUUGCUCUUUAGUUUUAUUUUUAGGUGGCUAUCAAACAAGGCCUGUUCAUUUCUCAAAGAUCCAUUAAAUCCAGCAGAACCUUUUGCUGUCACAAGUAACUGUCCCUGUGACACUGAAGCAGCUUUGUCACAUGAUGGACUCGCCUCCCACCUUAUGAGAUGAUUUACUAUCAGGGUGUUUUCCACGCUUUGCGUUGUUCACUAAACUGCAUGGCUUUUUUCUACCAGCCUGAGCUAAAACAGCAAUUUUGAUGUUGGGAAUCAAAAUGGAUUUUAAAUUUAAUUACCGUUUGUUGACGUGUGCACCGUUUUUGUGCAUUUAAUGUUUUAUGGGUUUUUUUUUCAAUUUCAUGUGUACAUAUAUCUGAACUGGAGGCUUUACUGGAUUGGUGGUGUGGUGGGCUCCGACUAAUCUCUGGGGCUGGUGACAAAAUGAUGCAUCUUCUUUCUCAAAAUGAUCUCUGGGUGUCAUUAAAGGGACAAGUGAAGGUUGACAGUGAAGGGACUGGAUUACCUUGGUGAAAGUUACCUCAGAUUUCGACUGUUAUGGCAGCUGUUAAAAUAGAUGGAUAAUGAAGGUUAACGAGUUUUUGAUUAUUUUGUCAAUGAAGCAUGCAUCAUUUCAUUUUUUAUUUUUCCUUUUAUUGCUCUUAAUGCACCACACUCCAUAAAGGAUAUUAGUGCUCUAGACUCUGCCACAUUUUGUACAAAGUUAGUAAUUUAUAAUCAAAAGACAAACAUUGCUCAUUGUGCCAAACCGAUUAAAACCGUUUGCAUUUAGA